GAGCCCCGGCCCCGGCCCAGGCGAGGAAUUUGAAAUUGGAACAGGAACAAGAGAAAAACCAAAUUUUUAUCAGAAGCGCUGGCUACUCUAGCCACUGAACAUCACGAAUUAGAGCAUUCUCUGGUCAAAGGCUCCCCGCCUCUGAGCAUCCUUAGUGAGGGCGAGCUCUGUCCCCGAGCAGACUGGAAGCAGUGACCGACCACGCACUCCUUGGAAGAGGAAGCAGAGCGCCCGGAGCAGUAGACAGCACAGAAUGUCGGAAGGCAAGGACUCUGGUGGUGAAGACGUGUUCUCCAAAGGCAUCAAAAAACACAGAACAAGCCUGCCCUCCCCUAUGUUUUCCAGAAAUGACUUCAGUAUCUGGAGCAGCCUCAGAAAGUGUAUCAGAAUGGAACUCUCCAAGAUCACCAUGCCAGUUAUAUUUAAUGAGCCUUUGAGCUUCCUCCAGCGACUCACUGAAUACAUGGAGCAUGCAUACCUCAUCCACAAGGCCAGUUGGUUUGCAGAUCCUGUGGAAAGGAUGCAGUGGGUAGCUGCCUUUGUUGUCUCUGCUGUUGCUUCUCAGUGGGAACGCACUGGAAAGCCUUUCAACCCACUUCUGGGAGAGACUUAUGAAUUAGUUCGAGAUGACCUUGGUUUCAGACUCAUCUCUGAGCAUGUCAGCCAUCACCCACCCAUUAGUGCAUUUCAUGCUGAAGGAUUAAACAAUGAUUUCAUCUUUCAUGGCUCAAUCAAUCCCAAACUGAAGUUCUGGGGGAAAAGCAUAGAAGCAGAACCCAAAGGAACCAUGACGUUGGAGCUCCUUGAACACAAUGAAGCAUAUACGUGAGUGAAUCCUACCUGCUGAGUGCACAACAUCAUUGUGGGAAAGCUCUGGAUGGAGCAGUAUGGCAAUGUGGAGAUCACAAACCACAAGACUGGGGACAAAUGCCUGUUGAAUUUUAAGCCAUGCGGCCUUUUUG